GCAGAAUUUAAUCUCGUUUUUCAGAAGCUAGCUACUACCUAGCUGUACGACCUCAUAUUACACUUGGAACAUGCCCGAGCCAACGCUUCCUCCCACGGCGCCGCCAACAACCAGUACGGCGACCUCCACCAACUCUAUGUUUGAUGCCACAUCGACGUCGCAGGAUAUCUCGUACGUCAAGUCCCAAUGCGCAAACAACACGACUGUGCCUCCGUCGAUGUCGUCGCUCUGUUGCGAUACCAGCGCAUCUUUCGUGGAGGUUUGUGUUGGUUUCGCCAACGCGAUUGCAUCCUCAUCCUCCGUCGAGACGAAAUGGGUUGUGUCAUCGCUGUCCGUCGUCGGUAAACGCGGCGGCAACUCCCCGCUACCACCCUUCAACCUCAGUCCUUGGCGAACCCUUGCUUUCUCUCGCAUGUACAACCUCUGCGCACCCGUCCAUUCAGUGCGAUCUUACAAGUCGUCAUGUAGCGACAUUCGGUCCGUGGAUGUAGGCAGCCUGGUGGCAUCGAGCCUCAACUACACUGCGCUCACCUCGUUGUACGUCGUUCGUCCAUCGACUACUACAUACACCAAUUGCCUCACGCUUGCUUCCUGGAACAGACAUGUCAUUGGUUGCCAGCUGCCAUCGCUGGACAUUCCGUCGCCGUCGACGCUGCAACACAUCGACUUGAGCUUGAACCACAUGACAUCGUUCCCUGGAUCUCUCUUCCAAACGUCGUCCCUUGUGAGUGUCAAUCUCACCGGGAAUAACUUUCCCAAAUCUAUCGCUGUCGUCGCGCAAGCAUGCAUCCACCUGCAGAUGCUGUCCACUACUAGCGUCCUUAGUGGCGUCGCCAUUCAAUGUCCGACGGCGUGCCCCGCAGUGGCCACGUGCGUGAGCGUGGAACUGCCCAUCACGGCGGCAUCGGUAGCUACCUCAAAUAACGCUGUCACAGACGAAGACACGUCCAGCCCCAUCCUUGUGGUCGCGGCGGCAGUGGCCGUGUUGCUCUUGGUCAUUGCCGUGAUUGUGUGCUGCCGGCGUCGGAUACUCGUUCGAGAGCAACGACGGCAGCAACUGUCGACCGUCAGUCACCACUUUAUGCUCACCCGCGCACCAUCCCAGAGCACGCGCGACAGUGAUAACUCGUUUGUAUUUCUCGACACGGGGCGUGCUGACAUUGUCUUGCUUGACCACUCGACCGCCACGACAGCGAUGCCCCGCCCGUCCCCCCAGACCACAUCCACAGGCAUCGACGACGACGACGACGAUACAAACGUUCUCCUGGCGUCCGCUCGGCAGCUCUCGCGCGCCUUUUCCAAGUCGCUUCGUCCUCGGGAAGGUGUUGGCGGCAUCAUAAACAAGCCGCCCCUUCCGCCGCCUCCUUCCUUGCACGCCCUGCCCAUCGCGUCGUGCCUUCCCAUCUUACCCGCGUCCGACAUCUUGAUGACGUCGCCGCUGGCGCAUGGAAGCUCCAUGUGGGCUCUCAAGUACCUCGAUCACGCGUAUGCUGGGAAACGCGUGCCCACGUUCGGCAUGUCGUCGGACGAAUUGCAAGCGUUUCUCAGCACCGUCAACAUGUUGGCGACGCGAGUAGUUCACCCAAACGUUGUGGCGCUAGUUGGGGUCGUGCACUUGCCCGAUAACGAUGUGUGUGUCGUUGCCGAGUGGAUGGAGAGGGGGUCGUUGGCGCUGCUGCUGCACCACGAGACGCCGUCCCGUUCUCGGCCGGCUGUGCUGCAUCUCACGUGGGCUGACAAGGUGCAGCUGGCGUGGGAAGUCGCGUCGGCACUUGCGUUUGUGCACUCGCAGCCCAAGUUUAAGCGACCAGGACCGUGGACCACGCGGAAUGUGCUCGUGUGUAGCGCGGGACAUGCCAGACUGAACGUGUUGGACGAGAUGGAUCAAGGAGGAGGGGCGGCAGCGGGUUGGCCGGCAGGCUACACAUACGGCCAUCACACGGUCGCGUACGAUGCCCCGGAAGUGGUGGCCCACAACUGCGCGAGGUCGUCCUCGUCCGACGUGUACACGUUGGGCGUGGUGCUGGGGGAGAUUGCUACCCGAUGUCUGCCCUACUGCCAGUGGGUAGCCACACACGGACACGUCGCCACCGACGUCCGGAUCGUUCAGAACUUGGAGAAGUCGCCAGUGGUCACUCCACAUGGAGAUCGAUUCAAACACGAUUUGGUUCCCACGGGGUUUCAAGCGUUGGUGGCCAACUGUUUGCAACGAGAUGUGUUGAAGCGCCCGUUGGCGGUUAACGUCGCCGACGAACUCAGUGCCAUGAUUGCAAUACCCACUCCAUAACAUCAAAGGUCCGACCAUGAAGUGGUCAUAUAUAGAUAACCUGUGUCCGAA